AAGGAAGGUGUUAGAGCUUGGGACUUGGGAGGGUUUGAGAGAGAGAGAGAGAGAGAGAGAGAGAGAAAGAGAUGUCUUCGUCGAAGAGUGGGAGUGGGAGCGGCGCGAUUUCUCUGGAGAGGAUGAGCGUGGAGCAACUCAAGGCAGUGAAAGAACAAACCGAUCUCGAAGUGAAUCUUCUCCAAGAUAGCCUCUCCAACAUUCGCACCGCCACCACGCGCCUCGAGAUCGCGUCUUCCGCCCUCCACGACCUCUCUCUCCGCCCUCAGGGCAAGAAAAUGCUCGUUCCUCUCACCGCCUCUCUCUACGUCCCCGCCACUCUUCACGACGCGCAACACGUCUUGGUCGAUGUCGGAACCGGUUACUUCAUCGAGAAAACGAUGGUUGAAGGAAAAGAUUAUUGCGAGCGCAAAAUCAACUUGCUCAAAUCAAACUUUGAUCAACUUGUCGAGGUUGCAUCCAAAAAGAAAAAUGUGGCAGAUGAAGCUGGGGUUAUUUUACAGGCAAAAUUGAAGCAGUUAGCAUCUUCAUCCUAAAGUAGUUCGCUUAGAAUUCGAUUGCUUUCUUACAAUGCAUUGUACCAUAGGACAUAACGAGUGGUGUUAAGGUCAGUGGUGUUAUAUGUUGUUUAGACCUUUUUUUUUCUCUAUAAAACCUCCUUUUGUUGGCACUUCCAACAUUUAGUUUGGAACUAUUGGAAAUGUAUUUAGAAAAUGAAGUCAAACAAUGACAAUUUUACUUUAAAGGCUAUUUUAAACAAUUAGCUGUGGUCUUUCAGUUGCACCUUGUCGAAUUAGAGCAGACUGUUGGAGUCCCUGUUCUUUGCUGGCCUUUCUCCCGUAAUAUUUUAGGUUUAUUUUCAUUUCACCAAAGCUGUUUCAGAUUAUUGUGUUAUCCUGGGGAGAAGGGCUUCCUCGAGAUUGCUGUGUUUCCUAGCGAAAGAAAAGAGUUUUCUUUUUUUGGUCAGAGAGAAGGGAUUAAGAUUAUUGUGUUUCCUAGGGAAAGAGAAUGGCUUCAGCCAGACAACCGCAAUAAUCUGGAUCAAAUUAGCGAAGGGGAUUGCUUGAGGGUAUUCGUUUGGUGUUGUGGUCGGGCUUAUCACAGGUCACAAUAAAUGAGGUUAAGAUAAACAAUCAGUCUUUCGAGUUUUACACGAUUCGAUAUUGGUCUUAUAUUUUUCUAGAUAUCGAUUCUUAUAAUUUUC